AUGGUUGAGGGGUACCGCAAGUUCAAAGCAAUAGCAAUUGCCGCAGAUACAGAGGAGCCAAUCGUGCCAUGCGGUAUAUGCCGCCAGUUUAUACGUGAGUUUUGUCACGAUAUUGUGCUUUUCCUCUUUAACAAAAAUGGAGACUUUAUCAAGGUGUACCUUAAGGAUUUGUUACCGAUGAGUUUUGGUCCUGAGGAUCUAGGUAUAGAAACUGUAUAG